AUGGGCGGAUUCAACCAAUUUGAUUUGAAAUUUUUGGGUGAAUCAGCUGGUUACGAACGUUUAGCCGCAGCAGGAAAGAACUUAACUACCCAACAGAACCCCGAGCUAUUCUUAAGAACCGGAAACGUGUUUAUUUUAGUAUGA